AUGACGUGUUUCGAGCCAGAGGCACUAGGAAAUCUAAUAGAAGGCGUCGAGUUUCACCGGUUCUAUUUCGAUUAUGGGAACAACAAUCCACGGAAAGGUCAAUUACAUACUACAAUGCUAAAUCCGAAUGUGCAUGUGAUGGGUGAGGAAGGUGCAUGUAUAGCGUAUGUACGGCUGACACAAUUCAUGGACAGGAAUGGUGAAGCACGUACGCGUCAAACCCAAGAGUCCCGAGUCUGGCAAAAGAAGGCCGGUCGGUGGGUCUGUGUACAUGUCCAUCGCAGCGGUCCGCCUGGAAUCUCGAGUUCUACACCGGUGGAGUUUUAA